AAUAAUAAAUGGAAUGAGACUGAGAAUAAUACCGGAAACUCCUUUAAAAUAUAAAGAACUAAUGGAACAAUGUUGGGAUGCUGACCCAACAAAAAGACCUGAUAUCGAUACUCUUUAUGAUGAAAUGGAAUCUUUAUAUAGAUCAUAUCUCAAUAAUGAAAAUGAUGAACAACAGACAAAUACAAGCAUAGAUAACUUUCAAUUAAAUACAAAUAUUAAUAUUAGUUCUACCAAUUCUAUUAACUCCUUUUUUAGAAAUUCAAGCAGUAGAGUUUAUUAUUUUAAGGAUUUGCCUGAACCAAGAAAUGCAACAAAAGAAGAACAAGAAGCUCAUCAUAGUAUACAAUUUGACUUUGAUUUACAAGAUGGCAUGAUUACAGUAAAAGAAAAAUUUAAUAAAAGAAGUUACUUUAAUGAAGGACAAGAUGAUUUGACUAUUAACCCUAAGAAAGUAAGGUUGAAUAAUAGUAAUUAUAAAGAUGAUGAUAAAAUAUAUAAUCCCAAUUUUCAUUUAGAAGAACAAGAUGAAUUAAAAGUUUCUG